GCCGCCUCCUCUCUCCUCUCUCUCUCCCAGAUCCAACCUUCUCCCAGCCGCCAUGGCGCUCUCCGUGGAGAAGACCUCGUCGGGGCGGGAGUACAAGGUCAAGGACCUCUCGCAGGCCGACUUCGGCCGCCUGGAGCUCGACCUGGCGGAGGUCGAGAUGCCGGGCCUCAUGGCCUGCCGCGCCGAGUUCGGCCCCGCGCAGCCCUUCAAGGGCGCCCGCAUCUCCGGCUCGCUCCACAUGACCAUCCAGACCGCCGUCCUCAUCGAGACGCUCACCGCGCUCGGCGCCGAGGUGCGCUGGUGCUCCUGCAACAUCUUCUCCACGCAGGACCACGCCGCCGCCGCCAUCGCGCGCGACUCCGCCGCCGUCUUCGCCUGGAAGGGCGAGACGCUCGAGGAGUACUGGUGGUGCACCGAGCGCUGCCUCGACUGGGGCGCCGGCGGCGGCCCCGACCUCAUCGUCGACGACGGCGGCGACGCCACCCUGCUCAUCCACGAGGGGGUGAAAGCCGAGGAGGCGUUCGAGAAGUCCGGCACCGUCCCCGACCCCGAGUCCACCGACAACCCCGAGUUCAAGAUCGUCCUCACCAUCAUCCGCGACGGCCUCAAGACCGACGUCAGGAGGUACCGCAAGAUGAAGGAGAGGCUCGUCGGUGUGUCUGAGGAGACCACCACAGGUGUCAAGAGGCUCUACCAGAUGCAGGAGUCCGGCGCGCUCCUCUUCCCCGCCAUCAACGUCAACGACUCUGUCACCAAGAGCAAGUUUGACAACCUUUACGGUUGCCGUCACUCCCUCCCUGACGGUCUCAUGAGGGCCACUGAUGUCAUGAUCGCCGGCAAGGUUGCUGUGGUCUGCGGUUACGGUGACGUUGGCAAGGGCUGUGCUGCCGCGCUCAAGCAGGCUGGUGCCCGCGUCAUUGUUACAGAGAUCGACCCCAUCUGUGCCCUGCAGGCCCUGAUGGAGGGCAUCCAGAUCCUCACCCUGGAGGACGUCGUCUCGGAUGCUGACAUCUUCGUGACCACCACGGGCAACAAGGACAUCAUCAUGGUUGACCACAUGAGGAAGAUGAAGAACAACGCCAUCGUCUGCAACAUUGGCCACUUCGACAACGAGAUCGACAUGAAUGGCCUCGAGACCUACCCCGGCGUCAAGCGCAUCACCAUCAAGCCCCAGACCGACCGCUGGGUGUUCCCCGAGACCAAGACCGGCAUCAUUGUCCUUGCUGAGGGUCGCCUGAUGAACCUUGGGUGCGCCACUGGCCACCCCAGCUUCGUCAUGUCCUGCUCAUUCACUAACCAGGUCAUUGCUCAGCUUGAGUUGUGGAACGAGAGGAAGUCUGGCAAGUACGAGAAGAAGGUGUACGUUCUCCCCAAGCACCUCGAUGAGAAGGUCGCGGCCCUCCACCUGGGCAAGCUCGGCGCCAAGCUGACCAAGCUCACCAAGUCCCAGUCUGACUACAUCAGCAUCCCGGUCGAGGGUCCUUACAAGCCCGCUGCCUACAGGUACUAGAGAGGGUGUCCAGCAGGAAUGGCGACUGGCUUGCUUGAGCAGCUGCAGCAGCAACGUCUCUGCCGCAUCAAUUUAUCAACUACUGUAUCUUUUUUGCAUUAUGUUACAAGAUGUCGUUUAGGCGGAGGAUUUGUUAUGUUCUGAGUCUGGUGAGGGGGUGGAAAGGCAGGCGUUUGCUCUUGCUGAGGAAUAAUGGAAAUUUUUACUGGUUUAAGGGAAUGUGUUUGGUUGGUAA